GGGGGAUUUCCCCUUGACGUCACAUUGCUGGGGCCACCAUUGUGAAAACGAAACAAGCUGAAUAUUUGGUUUUACAGUUCAACAAGACAUGCUGUAGGAUGAGUCCGAUUUGCUGAAUGUGGAAGUAAGGCAAAACAAUGUGUAGCAGAAUUCUAGUGAAGAAUCUGAAUCCUGAGACCAGUGGCGAUGCACUCAGUCUUUUCUUAGAGAGAUAUUUUGGAGGGGUAGACGUUGACCCCGCCACACACAUAGAGUACAGUGCUGAUAAGACGUCUGCCUUGGUGUCCUUAGGCCAGGAUAUAGAAGAUAUUGAAAACCUAGUUAAGGAUGCCAAACCACUGGAGGGGAAUGUCUUGUCUAUCACAGAGGCGCCACCUAUAGACUCCAUUCUUAUUACAAACAUACCAAAAGGUGUCACUGAAGACCAUGUGGAGCUUUAUUUUGCACAGGAGAAAGUCGGUGGUGGGGAGAUAGAGGAAUCUUUGACUCUGUGUAAUUUGGAUCGUGGAUAUGCAGUGCUUACGUUUGAAGACCCAAAAGUUGUGGAAACUGUAACAGCCAGGAAACAUGUAUUGCUGAAAGUGCCAGUCAAUGUUGUGGCCCACAACAGGUGUCUGGGACUUCCUGCACACCUAGAGACAUCUGGUGGUGAGGAGUUGAACAAUGUAGACGGGAACAUUGAACCACCAGGUCACAUUCCAGUUAGUCUGGGAAGUUUUAAGCUAGAAACACAGGACACGGAACUCAUAGCAAGCAACAAUGAUGCAUCUCUGAGGGUCCAUUCUCCAAGCCAUGAGACUGUUUCCACUGAAAAGAAGAGUCCAGAAGCUGUCAUUGAGGAAGAACAAACAUCCAAUGCUUAUGUAACUUUAUUACCUCCAACAAAUAAAACGUCUCCUGUUUACCCAACACAUCUCACCCGGUCUCAACCAACACAAUCAAAAGCAACCACUUUUAAAGACCAAGACAAGGAUGACCAUGUGACCUUCAAUCCUCUUAUGAGUGAAAUGAAACCCAUGGCCACAGUUUUACCAGUGAAGUCUUCUCCACAAUCAGCGUAUGACAAUGCCAAUACAACAAGAGCAUUGAUUGGUGAUCCAGAUCCUGUAGACUUUCAAACAUAUCUAGAACCAGUGCCACAUGCUUUAGGAUUAGAUGAUGGUUACGUAUUAGUGAAACCUGUGUCCAACAGAAACCCUGCUGCAGCAGCACCGCCAGCUCAAACUCGGCCUCCAGCUGCCGAGGAACCACAUGAGACUUUGACCAGUGGCAUAUACUGCAGUAUCCAUGACUCACAAUUAGAAAGUCGUUUCAAUGAGAAAUUUAUCCUCAAUGACCAAAACAGACCUGGGUCACCUGGUCAAAAGCUGAGCCCAGCUAGAACAUCCCAGCAGCCCAGGUUCUCAGCAAUGGAAGGCCGCAGCCUGCCCUCUUUACCAGUGGAUGCAAAAAUGAGCCAUACACGCCAUUCUAACAUUCAGAAUGGCCAACAGGUGUCACCAACUGAUCAUUCAAGACAGGACAAUUUGGAGAUGGCAACUGUUACAUGUCAAACAAAAGCAAAAGCUUUGUUGUUAAAGAGAGAAAACUUACAGCAUGUGACAAUUAAAGAUACAAAUGUAGAGAUACGAGGGACUAGGGACCAAGUGAUGAAAUCCCAGAUAGAGGUAUAUGAAAAGAUGGAUGAAAUGGUUGAGAAAACAUGGGGAUUGUCACAGCGUUUACAAAAUGUAUUCAAGAAUGCUGCAGUGAGGGACCUUAUCAACAGAGAGGUGUCUAAAAAACAGCUCAAGGUCGAGUGGACAUUGGGGCUGGAUGGAUUAACUGUGACAGCAUUUGAGGCAACUGUAGCUGAUAAGACGAUCAAAAUGAUCAUAGCCUUGACUGAGAGUAAGAAACAUGUAGUACAAAAGGAAAGCCAGCCCCUUUUGGAAAUGAAAACAUUAAAAGAUAUGGUGCAGAAGUUUAACCAGACAAGAAAUGCAGUUAUUGAAUGUGGCAACACUGAGGUAGUGAUAGAAGGAAUAAAGCAAGAUGUGACCACUGGUCUUUCUCUAAUUCAGAAAUAUUUUCAGGAAAACACCAUUGUUUCAUCAACAAUACCAGUGGACAAAAAAGGAAAGCUUUCUUAUUUAAAGACUCACUGUGAAGCUAGAAUAAAAGGCGCUGUGAGGCAACCCAAGACAAAGAUGGGGAUUAGCUUUAAUUUCAAAGACAAUCACCUGACAGUCAGCGGAGUAAGGGAAGAUGUGGAACAAUUUAAAGAUGAAGUGAACAAACUGCUCAAAGAGAUUGGUCAUGUGACCUUCCAAGGGUCCACACCAGGCAUGUUUCAUUUCCUGACAAGACAGCAACUAGGCCAAAGUCUGCUGAAGUCUCUGGAGAGCCAGCACCAGUGUGUGAUUGAAGUAGAGGCUAGACAACGCCCCCCUAUUACUCCCAGAAACUCGACUCACUCUUCUCCAAGAGGUGCUGCAGCAGCCUACAGUAGUGAUGAAGAUGAGGACAGACCCCGCAGCAGAAAUCGGGGCAGCAGAGAUAGAGGGAGAGACAAUGCAAGUGACACCAUGUGGAAAACAGGUGGAAUUACAGUGACUUUACAGCAAGGGGAUAUAACUAAAGAGAAGAGAUCAUCUGUGUUGGUGAAUGUAGUUGGAAAGGACCUGAACUUAGAGCAUGGUCAGAUAGCCAGACAGUUCCUCAGAGUGGGAGGACAAGAACUGCAAGAUGAACUUAGUACAGUGAGUGCCAGUUUUGGUGAGGUGGUAGUGACGAGGAAAUAUGGGAGUUUGUCUGAAAAUUGUGAGGUAGUCUAUCACGUGGUCCUUCCAACUUAUUCCCGUGGGAAGGGAGAAAAAAUCCUAAGCAGAGUUAUCUCUGAAUGUCUCCAAAUGGCAUCAAAGGACGACCUGACUUCCAUAGCGUUUCCCUCCAUUGGCUGCGGUAACCUCAAGUACAGCCCGCCGCUGGUGGCUCAAACUAUUCUGGAGGAGUGCCAAAAACUUUCCAAAGGAAGAACAAGUCUGAAGUAUGUCAACCUAAUGGUAUAUGAUGCCAACACCUUCCAAGACUUCCAAGAUGAGCUAGCAUCCAAGUCAGGAGGAAGAUCUCCUAGAGGGCGCCACAGUAGACAACAUUCUCAAGAUCAUGAUCAAACCACUUCGUUUGAACCCAAAGAAAUCAGACAACCUUAUCCUGUUUUUCACAUUUUUGCCGAGUCUCAAGUAAAAGCACAAGCAGUGAGACGAAGUGUGGAAUCUGCCCUCAAGGAAAAUUGUGACAAACAAGUGGUCCCAAUUGACAAGCAUCUUAUGAGACAAUUUGGAGGAAGAGAGUUCGGGAAACUUGAGAGUGAAAUAGCAAAGAAAGGAGUGGAAUUAAGAAUAGAUAAAAGACGACCUGAAGUCAUAAUAACAGGAGAACGAAGCAGCGUUGCUAUGGCAAAAUCAGACAUCUUAGAAUUUGUCAACAAAAAAUUACUGUCUGGAAGUGUAGGUGAUCUAGACUCCCAAAGACAAAGAGAAGAGAAAAAAUCUUUCCAGAGAGGUGGAAACCGUGUGAAGUAUGUUCAAUUUCUAGCAGGAAGCUUGGACAAUAAUGAACCAGAUUACUGGACCCAUUUUACUAACCCUUUAAAGACAAUGUUCUCUAAUGUGAAAGGUUUGAUAACAGGAAAAAGCCAAAAGCCAUAUAAACUUGUUAGACUUCAUGAUGAUGACGCCACUUUCAAUGAGGUAGUACAACUCAUGAUCCAGACCUUUGAUUCCAGUAAAGUAGGACAAGGUCGAGAUGCACAUGGAUUAACCCACAGACGGCUACACAUCACCAAAGUACAGAGGAUUGAAAAUCCAAAAUUGUAUCAUCGCUACGCAGGACGUAGACGUGAGUUUUGUUUGGAAGCUGUAAGAGGAGAAAUCAAAGCUCUUCACAAAUUAAGGAGUGUGCGAAUCAGACAAGUUGAAACACAGAGGGUCAUACAAACACUUCCAAAUUUAUCAAGGAAUUAUGAUCUAGUGGAAGAGAUCAAUGAAUGCUAUCUGUUCCAUGGCACCAAGGCAGAAGCAGUGGAGGGAAUGUUAAUGUCAGGCCCCACUGAGAAACUGGGUCAAGACACAGGCAUGUUUGGCAGAGGAAUUUACUGUGCUGAGAAAUCCACCAAGGCUGAUCAGUAUUCAGACCCAAAAACUGCACGUCAGACACAGAAUUUACAGAUGAUUAUAAUGCGAGUACUACUGGGGAAAGUUUUCCACUGCACCGCCACUAAGAAGUAUUCCAAGCCUCCGUGUAUGGACCCCACCUGUGGUACUGCUGAUAUUUGUACAAAGCAUCCUCAGUAUGACUCUAUUUGCGGAGAUGUUCAGAAGCUAUUCAGGGAGUUUGUAAUCUACGACCAGCAGCUAUGCUACCCAGAGUUCCUUGUCACGUACAACCGCGCAUAAAUGCAGUUUCCAUAUUUUUUUUUCAUUUAUUAUGUUACAGUAUUAACCUUUUUUAUAGAACCUGGGCUAUAAGUUUGUGAAAUUUUUCAUGUGGUUAAUAAGAAAAGCAAGAAGACAUGAAAUACAGUAUAUCCAUUACAUUACAUUAAAAAAUUACAGUUUUAGUACAGGGGACUACUAAUAGCCAUUAACAAAGUACAGCAAUACAUAUAUUAUUGUAUGACAAACAAGUACAUUUAUAAUUAAUCUUUACAUCAAACUGUGUGGACGCCUUAGUUGGCCCAAAUUGAAAAAUGGAAUUAAACCUGGGUUAAUUUUUGAAUCAGAGCAGAAUAAGACCCCAUUCCCAGAGAUUAGAUCGAUCCAACUAGAUUGACCUAAGUCCCUGGGGGUUCACACUAAAUUGC